AGCUGUUUUGCUCACUGCCAUGGCUAAGACGCCGACGAAAGCCCGGCAAAGAAAGCCUGGCAAGAAGAGUGGCAAGGCUGCCACGAAGAAGCAGCAAAAGGUCCGGAAGAAGCAUCAAAAGCGAAAGGCCCGUGCCGAAAGCAAAGUAGAUGCGCUGGCAGAUCGUUUGGCCGGUAUUGCCACCACGGAAGCUGCGAGAGGGGGCACAGUGGAGGCAGAUGACGAGAUGGAGACAAAGAAGCCGCCAGUGUCGCGGCAGGAGUUGAAGAAAAAAUUGAAAGCCAAGAUUGCAGGCCAUGCGCUGGACCGAACACAAGGAUUAGAAAAAGGAGUCCAGGAUAGCAAUGGAUUGAAGAAGCAGAAGCGACCUCCAGGAAAUCGCCGGAAGAUGGAUGUGACGUAGGCUUAUUUGGCCGCUUCUUUGAAAAUGUCGCUCAUCUUUCAAUAAGACGCCAACCCGCAGAAGGCGCUGUGUGCGGAGUGGCGCUGUGACAUAGCAGUUUGUUUCACAAGAUGGGCAUGCCACGCCUAAUUUUCGCAGUGCAAAAGGGCGAGCGACUGAAGGUGGACCUAUGUUUUGAGCUGUAACCAAUGAUUAUUAUAGGUGUGUUUCAAGAUGAGGGCCCCAGUCCGAAAACCAUUUGGCCAAAGGCGACCCCACGCCAGGCAUCCCUACUUUGCUGCAUGCCCCAUAAGUGUUCUCGUGCGUACCGCAGCCCCUGUGGUUCAAUCGAAGAUGCAAUUUUCAAGAAAUGGGCUGCUGCCCAUAGUGCAUUCGGCAGCUCUUCCUGUGGCAAGUUGCUGGGAUGACGACAAAUUGAAAUGGCUUUCCACCAUGCAGACCACUCUGACCUCGAUCUAUUCCAUGAACAGGAGGCAGAGGGGUCUGAUGCUUUGAAUGACGACACUUUUGGGGAUGCCAGUCCUAUUGGAGAUGACUGGCAGCCAUCUGCAGCCCAGGAGGCCUUCCACCGGGAGCUUGAGCAGGCAAGAAAUAGCCCCAGUUUGGCCAGAGAAGGUGCUAUAGCGCCCCCGCCGGGCUUGGCGCACAAGCCGCGUGCCAAUCAGGAGCCAGCUCCAUGUGGAUAUCCAGGUUCAAGAGGAGAGGCUUUUGAAGCACUUCGGUCCCUUGGGCUGGAGAAUCCACCUUCACUUUUGGGCCGACCACCUCCUGCUGGUCUCUUUGAAGGAUUAUCUUCUAUCCCAGACGCCAGAUCCGCCAGGCCGCCAUUCCACGGAGCCUUCCCACCCCCUUUGCCAUGGCCGGCGCUCCGCCCAGAUCUCCGGGCUCCAUGUCCCAUCCCAUUCCCCUGUGCGUUAGGCGCGUCGCUUGGCGCAUGCGGCUUGCCACCCCCAGGGCCUCCCUGGCCACGGCCUCCCUUGGGAGCACCGGCGCACGCACCGGUGGGCCCAGAGCGGCGUCCCAGGGGCCGAGGGCCGGUGAUGGAGGCACCAAGGCCGAGGCAGACAGUCAUGUCAGUGACGCAGCUGGAGGCACAGAUGAUGGCGGAGCAGGCUCCCUUGCCGGUUUCGCAGCAACUCAUCCCACCCGGCCCACCACGGCAGAAACUCACGUUGAGCCCUCAGAUUCCAAGACCCCAGCGACCCACACCCCCAAUGAUCAGUCCAACCGGUCCCAUGCCUCAGGGCAUUACUGGACCUCCACCCCCGCCACCUCCGCCAGUAACGUCAGUGCCUUUGGAUGAGGAGGUCGAGAAGCCGCCAGAGGUGCCUUUUUGGAUAGCUCCUUUCACCGAAAAGCACCGUGAGGCUGCCCUGACCGAUCCUUCGAACCCCGUCUUGGCGCCUUUCCGGAAAGAGUACCAGCGCCAGCAUGUUGGUCUCAUGACCUCCAGUGACAAAGAGUUGAUCGUCCGGAUCCAGCUGAGCCAAUUGGCCUCGAUCGGGGAGAUGGAGAAGGAGAUCGAGAAGAUCGAGAAGUCGCCAACGGAGACGGCCGAAGUGCCCCGGACGGCCGAGCCGGAGGUCACGGAGGAGGAAGGGUCCCAAGGCCACCAGGCGGAGCAGGUGGAGCAGGAGCCCGAGGCGAACGAGCCACAUGAGGCGGAUGGCUUGCCGGAAGUGGCUGCCGAUGUCAAGGAGGGUGCGGAGUCCGAGCUAAGGCCACACGACGGCCAACCGGAGCUUCUCUGAUUCUCGCCACCAGCGUGACGCGGCGAGAGGGAUUUCUGAUCUGAGCCACGUAGAGAUGGCGUAGGACGAAAA